AUGUUAGAACAACCUAGCACACUUACCAUUAUACAGUACAACGUCAACAAGAGCCGCGAGACCCAGAGGGAGUUCCUGGAAAAAGCGGAGAGAGCCCAGCCUCAACCGCUGGUGCUAGCAAUACAAGAGCCAUGGAAGAACACACAGCAACAAGAGCAUACAACACUCCGCACAAAGUCCUAUUACCUUCUACACGGAGGAAGCCCACACACAAGAACGUGCAUAUACAUCAACAAGAACCUCGACAUCAACCAGUGGUCAGUAGAGCACCACUCGCCGGACCUUAUCACCCUCUCUCUCCAUACCGGUAGAGAGGACAUCCAAAUUCACAAUAUCUACAACCCGAAACCAAACGGAAUCAUAGCCGCACUACCCCUACUGCUAAACAACAACAACGCGGAGCACGUCCUCGUAGGUGACAUGAACCUACAUCACCCAUCGUGGGGAGGAAUACGAGUGAUAAACACGGAGGAGCAAGCGGAGGAGCUUAUCCGCAUUAUAACAGAAGCAGGAAUGGACCUGGCCACGGAGAAAGGCAUAGAAACGUGGGCGAGAGGAACAUCGUGGUCUACAAUUGACCUUACGUUCACAACAGGAUGGCUAACAGAACGAACCACUUCCUGCACAGUGCAAGAGGAAUAGAACUGCAAUUCAGAUCACCGCCCUAUAUAU